AUGGAGGUAUCCAUUGCGAAUCUUGACUCAAGGUUUACCAGAGACAAGUUGAGAGAGUCCUUGACUCCUAUCCUCUCCGAAUCUCAAAUAUAUGUCUUCGAAGUCCGGAAAGCGAUUGGGAAGACAUUCGCAACUCUCACCAUUGCAGAUGCUCUCAAAGCACGGAGCCUUUUGUCCAAAGCGCGUGCUUACCCAAAUCUCCUCUUAUCUCCAUCUGGGCGACCUGCAGUGUUCGAUGUGAGUCGUAGACGGGCGGAUCCUCACUGGCUGCGUGUGCUGCACAAGGAAGAGAAGGACCGUCAGAGCCUCCAAGCAAGGCAGAAGUCUUCGAAGCUGGCCCCAGAAGCCCCAGAAGGCGAAAAAGACAGGGAUCUGAAAAUUACGACACUGCGCUGCGGCCGAUGGGAGGCAGCGACUGGAAAGACUACAUUCGUGCCUUAUUUCGAGGUCCGUACAGAUGGCAAGCUGACGAGGGAGACACGAGCACUGGUGGUACAAGUUACCGCCACUCCUUCCAAGCGCCACGAUCUAGUAAUGGAUCUGUACUCCAUCCUCGCUCUGGCUGUAUCACCGGGGAAAUCCUACAGUACUUUGACCAUCACGCUGAAAACUGCACCAAAAAUCUACGAGCAUGAGGCCCCUGCAGCGACUCCCGACCUACCUGAGCUGUUUGAAGCUUUACACCUACACUCGCAACCUUCCAGGAGGUUUCGUGAGUGCACAUUGCCAGGCACCGAUUCUGGCGUCGUCGGAAGCUGCCUGACAUACAGCAUGGUUGUGUUAGCAGGAGCUGCUAACCUGCAACGCCGCGUCAAAGCAAUGACUUACCAUCGAUUUCCUAUCACAAAUCUGCCAGCCACUUCUCCUUUCCGACAAGCCAGCUUCUCAAGACAAUUGUCCAGUCUGAAUUCACAUGUUGCGGCACUAAACUGCUCUUUCGCAUGGAGGUUUCAAAUACACGGAUUGUGGGCCAACGGCGUCCUCUCUCCAGCGGACGUCCAGUUCCUCCUGCCCGCGAUGCGUGACUUGGUAGCUCGGUCAGGCGAACAGACAAUGAUUUCGGUUGUGCGACGACUUAAUCUACAACUCUUUCAUAACGAUGCCACCACUGACCAGAAACACAGCGCUGUAAACAUUGCGUUAAACAGUCUUCAACAAGACGCGAAUCUUUUACUUGACUACGAUACCGCGCAAAGUUCUUCGCAAGACUUGGUGUCGACUCACCACGUCACUGUCACUCCUACUGGCAUAUACCUGUAUGGUCCAGAGCUCACCACGUCGAACCGUGUCUUGCGACAAUACCGUACACAUUCUGACUGCUUUCUCCGGGUUCUGUUUUCCGAAGAGGAUGGAUCACGCGUAGAGUUUGAUAGGGACACUUCCAAUGAGCGAGUCCUGCAGGGUCGUUUCAAGUCACUUCUUCGUAAUGGCUUGAACAUUGCCAACGAACACUUUGACUUCCUCGGUUUCUCGCACUCGUCCUUGCGGUCACAAACAUGUUGGUUCAUGCGACCUUUUGUCCAUGAUGGCUCUUUGCUAUUUGCAAGAGACCUCAUCAGCAAGCUUGGAGACUUCAGCGUGAUCAGGUGUCCGGCCAAAUGUGCGGCACGAAUUGGUCAGGCAUUCUCUGAGACCACAUCGGCUAUAUGGGUGCAUCCGGACAUCGUCCGAGUGGACCCAGACGUCAAGUUUGGACAAUAUUUGUUCACGGAUGGUUGUGGUACAGUUUCAAGGACCACCUGGAAACGGCUGAGGGGCAAUGUGCCGUCCCGCGAUCAACCUACUUCCUACCAGAUUAGGUACAAGGGUGCCAAAGGAAUGCUUACACUCGACACGCGCCUGGAGGGAGAGCAGAUACAUCUACGAGAAUCAAUGGUCAAGUUCAGCGGUAGCCCAUCCGACGAGAUUGAAAUCUGCGGCUCUAAUCUUCGGCCACUCCCUUUCAAGCUGAACCGCCAAAUUAUCAAAAUCCUGGAGGACCUUGGGGUCCCUGACUCGGCGUUUGAAAGGCUGCAAGAACAGGCUAUGCAGCGACUACGUCUCAGCGCCUCCUCCAAAUCUGUUGCUCUUGCCUUUAUCAACGAACACCUCUCCGAUGGUAAUAGCGGAUUGCCCAGGCUUCUCAAAUAUCUAGAUCGCAUUGGCGUUGAUGCCACGGGGGACAGCUUUUUGAGGGAUAUCCUGGGAGCACUAUUACAAGUCCAGCUCCGAGAGAUCAAAUAUCGGAGUCGCAUCCUGGUCCCAGAAGCUCUCACGCUCUACGGGAUCAGCGACGAAACUGGGGGGCUAGAGGAAGGCGAGGUCUUUGUGGCCUUUUUUGACAAGAGGACCGGAAGCCAUUCCUGCUUGAGUGGACGUGUGGCUGUCACGCGGUCGCCUGCUCUACAUCCUGGCGAUGUUCAACUUGUUCAAGCCGUGGCACCACCUGACGGGUCUCCACUCUGGAACCUCCAAAACAGCAUUGUCUUCAGCCAGCGGGGUACUCGCGACCUACCCAGUAUGUUGAGUGGCGGCGACCUAGAUGGUGAUCUCUUCAACGUCAUCUACGAUGACGAGCUCUUGCCCAAGAAGACUGUCAUUCCCGCUGCAUAUCUGCCAGUGGUGCCUAUGGACAUUGGCCGGGCAGUCACUGCUGACGACAUGGCAGGGUUCUUCGUAGACUUUAUGCAAAAUGACCAACUUGGGAGGAUCGCCAGUCUCCACCAAGUCUUCGCUGACCUUGACGGCACCCUCUCAGACAAGUGCCUCCUGCUCGCGGAGUUACAUUCCAACGCCGUGGACUUUUCCAAGAGUGGCGUCGCCGUGGACACCAAGCGGAUCCCGCGAGGCCCCGAGUAUAGACCUGACUUUAUGGCUCCAAGUGCAAGUAUCAAGGUCGAGCGAGGGAUCAAAAGACCUGAAGAAGAGACACCUAUGCCAGAUGGCCGCCAGCGCUAUCGCUACUACGAGUCGGAUCGGAUUUUGGGUCGUUUGUAUCGAGCCGUGAACGAGGAUGCCUUCUUUGACGACCUCGAGGACGAUACCUCCUCGCUAUUCAGCAACCCUGCUACCGAUGAAGUAUUGAGAGACGUUUGCGACUGGGUGGAGAAUCAUCUCGGCUACUCCCGUAUUGAGACCUUUCUUGCCGCCGCGAGGGAAGUGAGAGACUAG